AUGCCUAAACUAAAGGAACUAGAAUUGAACUUAUUCCAAUGGGGUUAUUUUAAUGUACGAAUCACUUCUUAAUCUAUAAUAAAGCUAACAUAGGCAAUUUCUGAAUUAUCUUCUUUGGAAGUAAUCAAAAUCGAUAUGGGAAGAUGGGGAUGUGAAUAAUAUAGAAAUCUUAAUAUUUACGACGAUAGCACAAUUUAAGGUUUUUGUAAAAUGAUUAAAGCUUUGGCUGGUACAUUGAAAGAAAUUUACAUUAAUUUAAGAAGUUGGGCUUAUGAAAAUGAAUAUAUUAAUAAUUAAAGUGUUCGAAAUAUAUUUUAAAGUAUUGGAAAAUGUGAAAAAUUAGAAAGUUUAAUUCUUGAUAUGAAUAAAUGGGGAUAUUUAAAUGAAAAAAUUAAUAAUGAAAGUGUUUCUGAUAUGCCUGAAUAUUUCAAAAAUCUUUCUAAUUUAAAAUCUGUUUAAAUAAAUAUGAAUCUUUGGAGGCUUUUUGAUGAUUUUUAAACUGUUAAAUCAGCUUUUGCUUAAUUGCCUAAUCUUUUAUAAAUAAAAAUUUUUACAGAAAAUCCUGAUUGCAAUAUUAUAAGCUUGGAAGAAUUAGUUAAAUUUAAAUAUCAAAGUUAUUUAACUAUAAUUGCUAUGUUAAAAACAUAAAAAAUUACAGAUUAAAUUAGAAAAGAAAUCGUUUGGGAUUCGAUCAGAUGCAUUAAAUUUAUAUUUUAUAAUCCAGAAAUAAAUUCUAGUAAUUUUAAAUAUGUGCAUUAAUAUUCUCCUAUGAAGGAUAAAGACUCAUUUGGAAUUUCUAUAGAUAAUCACAAAUAAAUUAUAUAUUCAUGUGGCACAGACCACAUAUGUUUAUGGGAUAUCGAAAAAUAACAAAUUUUACGAAGAAUUCAAGAACCUAAAAUAAAUGGUGAAAGUUAAGGCCUUAGUACAAUAGAAUUCGAUCCUCAAUAACGAGUUUUUGUAGCUUCAGGAAUAUCAAAAAUGGUUCAUAUAUUCGAUGAAAGAUAAAAUCAUAAAAUUAUAAUUUUAUAAGGUCAUACUGAAAAUGUAACAAGAAUUAAAAGUUUUACAAAUAAUACUUAGUAUUUCUUAGCUACUGGAAGUCAUGAUAAAUCUCUUUGUUUAUGGAACAUUAGGAAACUUACAGCCUAUACUAAAAUUCCUAAUUAUCAUAAUUCAACUAUCUUUGGUAUCGAUUUAAAUAUCAAAUAAUAAAUAUUAUAUACUUCUAGUUGGGAUAAAAAUCUUAAAAUACUAGAUUUAAAUAAUCUUAAAGUUAUAGAAACUAUUGAAGAAGCAUAAAAAGAAAGAAUGAUUGCCUGUAUUUAUGAUAAUAGAACUAAUUAGUUAAUGACUUCUUCUGCUGAUGGUACCUUAUAAAUAUAUAAGUAAUAUUAACCAGAAUAAAUAUAAUGA